AUGUCCGGUCCAACCUCGCGUCUCGCUGCACUCGCCUCACACUUCCUCCCCGGUCAUAAAGACAAGAAUCCACCUCUAUCAGGUCUUCACAUCCAUCAACUCUCACCAACAUUCUUCCUUCCUAGAGCCGCGGAAAUCGAACCAGAUGCCGUUGCAAUCUACCACGUCACGGCCAAUGGCCACACCAUCCGACGUUCGUACGUUGAUUUUGCCGAUCGUGCUCGUGGGCUGGCGUAUUAUCUGAUGAAACAUGGGUUUAAGAGAGUUGGGAUUUUGGCGCCGAAUACGCCGGCGUUUCUGGAGAGUAUCUUUGGGAUUGCGGCGGCGGGUGCUGUUCAUGUGGCUGUUAAUUAUAGGUUGAAGGUGGAGGAUGUGGAGUAUAUUUUCAAUUUUGCGGAGGUUGAUGUGAUUAUUGUCGACGAAGAAUUCCGACAUUUAUUAGAUCAUUUUAAGAAGGAACAUCCGUCUAUUCCUUUCAUCAUAGAUACAGACACAGACGCAAACGAGGGCCAAAUAUCUGGUCCUUUUGACGGUGCAGUAUUAGAAGGUCUUAAGUAUGAUAUCGAGACUGGGAGUAAAGGAUGGGCUGGAUUGAAAGCUCAAUGUAGUAAUGAGGAUGAUACGAUAGCGAUACCUUUUACUAGUGGAACAACGGCAAAACCAAAGGGUGUCGUUUACACGCACCGAGGAGCUUAUUUGGCAGCUCUGGGAAACGUGAUCGAAAGUGGCCUGAAUUACAGUACUGGGAGGUGUAAAUAUUUGUGGACGUUGCCUAUGUUUCAUGCCGUUGGUGUAAGUUUACCAUGCCCUCCAGAUCUAGAAUUUCUUUACAACUUUUCCUUUCCCUGGUCCGUAACAGCGGUCAGAGGAACUCACUACUGUCUACGAAAAAUAGACUACCCUCUAAUUUGGAAAAUGCUCAAAGAAGAGGGGAUAACCCAUUUCAACGCCGCGCCGACAGUAAACACCCUUCUAUGCGCCGACAAGAAUGCCACGAAAUUAGAUCAACAAGUUAAAGUCACAGUUGCAGCAUCUCCACCUACAGCGCACUUAUUCGAGCAGAUGACCAGACUCAACCUCUUUCCUGUUCACGUUUAUGGGCUUACAGAGACUUAUGGCCCGGUGACAAAAGGAUAUCAUAUGCCCGUUUGGGAAGAAUUACCACUCAAAGAAAAAUAUGCACGUAUGGCAAGACAAGGACAUGGUUUUAUUACGGGGCUCCCAAUUAGGAUUGUGAAACCUGAUCAGCCAGAAGGAGUGCUCAUAGAUGUGAAGAAAGAUGGAAAGGAGAUUGGUGAGAUCAUCAUGUUUGGAAACAUCAACGCGAAAGAAUAUCUUAAGGAUCCCGAGGCGACGAGAAAAUUAUUUGCAGGUGGUGGAUUACAUAGUGGUGAUCUUGCGGUCUGGCACGAAGAUGGAAGUGCACAAAUUUUGGACCGCGCGAAAGAUAUCAUUAUCUCAGGCGGCGAAAACAUAUCCUCCGUAGCACUCGAAGCAAUGCUAGUGCAACAUCCAUCCGUCCUAGAAGCCGGCGUAGUCUCUGUCCCAGAUUCCCACUGGGGCGAACGUCCCAAAGCGUUCAUCACACUGCAAGAGGGGAAGAGUAUGAAAGGAGAGGAGCUCAUUGAGUGGGCCAAACAUGAGAGCAGUAUCAGCAAAUUUAUGGUUCCAAGAGAGGUAGAGGUUGUAGAACAGUUGCCGAAGACGAGCACAGGGAAGGUCAAGAAGAAUGUGUUGCGGGCUUGGGCGAAGGGGAAUUAUGAGGAGACGUGA